UGUGAUUCAUCUGGCAGGGGCUGCAGCAGAGAUGGGCGUUGGUCUGACCGCCGCUGUGUUGAUCGCCUCUCUGAUGCAAGGUGUCGUGUGUAAUGACUGGGGUGUGACGCUGCCUAAAAGUGUGCGGGCCGUCAGCGGGUCGUGCCUCAGGGUCCCGUGCCGGUUCGAGAUCCAGGCCUUGUAUGAAGCCGACCUCCUGAACUGCUCCAAGGGCGGAAUCUGGAAGAGAGGAAGUGGCAGCGGCCAAAAUGUGUUGAUAUCCAGCCAAUCAAAAGACAAGAACAUCAUCCCGGGGGAAAUUAUCGGGGACGUGCUGAGCAAGAACUGCACCACAGUGUUCAGCCGCCUCUGGCACCACCACAGCGACACCUACAUCUUCAGGCUGGAAUGUCCCAAUCAGCUCAAGUUCAACUUCGCUCCUGACAUCCGCAUCGACGUUCAGCGAGACCCGCCUCCUCCUCAGCUGAGCGCUCCAGGUGUGUCCGAGAGGCAGACGGUCAGCCUGCGUUGCUCAGCCGCUGUUCCCUGUCCCGCUCUGCCGCCCAGACUCACCUGGCUUCUCCCGGAGGGCGACAUGGAGGAGGUGACACAAACACAUGAGGAUCAGGACGCUCUGAUCAGCAUCGUCUCCACGGUGACCUUCCAGGCCUCGGCCAGCCAUCACAAUCAGACCUUCACCUGCUCUGUUUCCUACCCGCUGACAGAAGGGGGCAGCACCGAGCCGUCUGCCAGGACACACACACUCCAAGUCCUCUAUGCCCCCAGAAACACGGUGGCCUCUCUCAGCCCCCCUGGUCCUGUUUCUGAAGGUCAGGCUGUGACCUUGACGUGCUCCAGCGACGCCAACCCCCCCGUGCAGCGCUACACCUGGUACCGAGACGAGAAGGGACAGCUCACCAGGAGGGGAGAAACAAAGGAGCUGCUGCUCUUAGCCAGCAAGGCGGAGAGGGGAGUUUAUCUGUGUGAAGCUCACAACCAGAGAGGAUCUCAGAGGUCCCAGCCUGUGGCUUUGGAUAGUGAUGAACGUUGCCUGUCGCUUCUCUACAUCAUAUGUGGAUUGAUGGUGGUCCUGUACAUCGUGACCGUCGCCAUGGGCGUUUAUAAGUAUCGAAGUCUUUCCAGGAGACUGAAGCAGAUAGAGCUGAAGGCGAAGGGAGAGCACACCUACGCUGCCCUGAGAGCCUCCAGUGUCACCUCUGAGUACGACGAGCCCCAGCCCAAAACGACACACCGUGUUGAAGCUCCCUGCUAUGAGAACCCCAUCGCCAUGGGAACCAGAAAACAGAGAUCAACCUGA